UAUCAUACUAAACCUCUCUCAUCAUCCCGAUCUCGGAUUUCUUCCCUUCCAUCUCUUUUCUCAUCACCGCUUGAAAGACAGCUGUCACAGCAUAGCAGUGCAGCCAUGGCUUUCAUGCUGAGACGGCCGUUCGCCGUGUCUGCGGCGCUCAAGCAGGCCCCCAGAUCCGCGAACCUCAACGUGCGAUUCAUCCACAACGGGCCUUUCAAGACCUCGCCAUCUCCGAAAUCAUCGUCGGGCCCUGUGCUGUCAUCGUCCUUGAUCCUCAGCCGAUCCAGACAGACCUUCCAGAAUGCUUUCCGCCGCACGUACAUGCAGGAGACCUACCAGGUGCCCCAAGCAGGCAACCUGAGCCAGAAGAUCCUGUACGGAGCCGCCAUCGUGGGCGGAACGAUGCUGGCUGCGAACCUGAUCUUCAACCGCGAGACCCGCGAGGAUGGUGGAAUGCCUCCGUAUGAGCGAGAAUAUCUGAACCAGACGUUCCUGCACACUGGGCUUGGAGUUGGUAUUAUCGCCAUUGCCGCUCGGGCGCUGCACACCAACGGAUGGACCUUCCGUCUGAUGGCUGCGAACCCAUGGGCUGUUGUCGGAUUGGGCCUGGUUGCCAGUGUUGGUACGAUGUACGGGACGAUGUACACUCCUCCUGAGAAGUAA